CAAUCGCUCUGUUAUUUAUUAUUAUUUUCUGCUCAACCUUCCCGUUUGGCUUUCUCGACAGACCUAUAAUACCCGUUCAGCAUGGCUCUGCCCCGCAUUUGCUCACUAGGGCGCGGGCUUGUCUUCAGGGGCCCUAUGUCACGUUUGGCCACCUCUGUCUUCUUAUCCGGGCGCAUCACAGUUCCGCAUCGCUCAUUCAUCUCGGCAUCCCGCCAUUUACAAGAGGCUGUCCAGUCUACUACGAGUAGCUCUGCAAAUGCACCUGCCCUGGCUUCUCAGGCACCAAUACCUGAAGAACAACGAAGGAAAAAUGCCCGUUCGGUCAAAGUUUUCAAAAUACCCAGGCGUGCCACGAGGAGCAGAGUUGAAGCAUUCUUUACGGAUGCAGGUUUUCAAGUUGUUGAUACCCAUAUGAGCAUUGAUCGUUUCAGAUAUGAAGGCGAUACGUUUGCAUCAGUGGAGCUGGCAGAUGAACAGCAAGCCCAGAGAGCCGUCAAGGAACUCAACGGAAACGCGUCCAUGGGUAAUGAAGUGUACCUCAGAGCGCUGAACCCGGAGUUUAAUUGGGACGAUUUCCUGUCAGGCAAUCGUUAUAGACACACUUACCUGGUGCGCGAGGACCAAUCCGGAAUUCGGCAAGCGGUCAUGCCUCUUCUUGAAGGCCGCCGUGUACGGAUUUCCGUUAAAUAUCCUGCAUGGGGUAGCAAAGGCGAUUCGCCCGCUCAGCGCCGUAACACAGAUCUGAAAGUGUUGGAGCGUUCAUUCGAUCGAUUUGGCAUCGAGUCAAUCAGCAGACUCACACCCCAGUUCGGAGAGAAGACGUUCCAUCCCAAGUUCUUCUGCCACAUCGACUUCACCACCAAACAGGGCGCUGACGAGGCUAUUCGGGCAAUGCAUGAUAAGGAGUGUGAGGGUGUGCUCGUCUGGGCACGGGCGACUGAAGUCGACGCGGCCAAAGCGUACCAGAUCGGAAGGUUGGACAAAGAACUGUUGGCAGAAUUGCAAGAGAAGGGUUUGGCGCCAGCAGAUUCGGAUAUCCACGAAGACUGGGUGUCGAAAACCGCGAAGAAGGAUCCCAAGGACUUUGAUCGCCACAGGAACUGGACUGAUCCGACGAACCCACCCAAGAAGCGCGCUUAUCGCUCGAAGGCAACAAAGCCGGCGCAGACAACGGUGUAAACAGAAGCGGAGUGGAACUGGCGCAGCGGUACUUCGGAGGUGAAAGAGCCGCAAGGAUGUAAUUGUAUGUAUUAUACCGGGGCCACGUUUCAGGCUCGCUGGUACCGUUCGGUUCUAAGGUCCCAAAGGUGUGUAUCAUUAUUCGUUGCUAUCGCAACUUCUGUAAACUGCAUAGAAGGCCUCUCGCUGCGCCCCCAGAGAUCGAAUGCCGGGUAUAUCCCGCACGAUUCACAAUGUAUAAAUAGCGAACAUUCGUGCAAGCUGCUC